AGCCCCAUUUAUUUACCCACCACACAUUUCUUCUUCUUCUUCAAUUCACUCUCUGGGUUGCCUUCAAUCUUCUGGUUUGCUUUCUCCACUCAUUUCUUUCUUGUUUGAUUUGUUUUGUAAAGCCCAGCACAGGGUAUUUUGUCAGUUAUUUGUCAUUCAAAUAAACACCCCAAGAACUAUUUGUCUGAUUCUAUUUUGAUCCACAAGAUUUUCUAUUUCUCCUGUAAAGUUGGCAUGGGUCUAUCGAGAAACCACUUUUUUGCUCCAAUUUUGUAACUCUUUUUGUUUGAUUCGGAUAGUGGUUUCAUCUGGUUUUUCAAGAAAACUUAUCGUUUUACUUUACUCCACAUGUUCAGUUAAAUUUCCAAUCUUUAAGAAUCUCUGAAGAAUUUUCUGAUUCUUUUGACUGAAGGAAAAGAAGAAGAGAAAAAUGCCAGAAGGAAUCACAGCAGAGGCUCUCUUGAACAACAUGAUGGAGUCAUUUGCAGACAGUGUACCGAAGCAAAAAACUGUGUCAUUCUUUGAAGAGGAGAAAUCAAGAAAAGUCACUGAGCAUUUCAAUAGGCUCUUCGGUCGCCAGAAGCCAGUGCACCAUGUUCUUGGAGGAGGCAGAUCUGCUGAUGUGCUGCUAUGGAGGAACAAGAAAAUCUCAGCCAGUGUUUUGGCUUCUGCUACAAUCAUGUGGUUGCUUUUUGAGUGGCUUGACUAUCACUUGCUCACCCUUGUUUGCUUUGCUUUGGUUCUUGGAAUGUUUCUUCAGUUUCUCUGGACUCACACUUCUGGCCUGGUGACCAGGUCUCCAUCACAGGUCCCCCGAGUCGUUCUUCCGGAAGAAGUUUUUGUAAACCUUGCAAAGAUGAUUGGCUCUGAAGUGAACCGCGGUUUGGGAUUCCUUCAAGACCUCGCCUGCGGAGGGACGUCUAAGCAGUUCCUAAUUGCUGUGGCAUGCUUGUUGGCUACUGCUGUCAUUGGAACCUGGUGCAACUUUCUGACUGUUGUAUACAUUGGUUUCGUUGGCGCGCACACACUGCCAGUUCUAUAUGAGAGAUAUGAAGAUGAAGUGGACAACUUUGCAUAUAGCGUCUUUGACCGGCUACACCACAAUUACAGGAAGCUGGAUUCUGGGUUUCUCAGCAGAAUCCCAAAGGGCAAAUUCAAAGUGAAGAAGCACGAGUAAUAGUAGUAGCAUAAGCCUUCAUUUUCCCUCCCCAUUUCACUAUUAUUAUUAUUAUGUGCACUUGAUUGCAUAUGUUAAGACAUUUAAUUUAAUAUCCCCAUCUAUUAAUUCCCAUGAAUAUUAGAAACUUCAUGAGUUAAUGUUUAUUUAUAUUUAUCAGAAUUAAUAGGUGUAAUCUUUGUUCAAGGUUGGCUACUUUUUUGA